CUUGCGUUUCUUCCUCCAGGCUCCUCUCCUCUCCCCCUCCCCCUCCUUGAGUUACUUGACCAGGCUCCUCUGCUGGCAGUGGCACCACAUCUCACCUAUAUAUGCGUGCAUCCGUCUCGUCGCUAGCGAGCAAGCAGGCAAACCCACGGCGCCGGUGCCACGCGGACACCGACAGAGGAGGCGUUUGGCUCGUCACUUUCCUAUAGAUACAGAAGAAGCAGAGAGGGAGGGGUUCGAGACGCUGUAGCAGCACAAGGACGGGCCCAAGAAAGAAGCAUGGAGGUGCUCGCCGGAGGAGGCCGCCUGCAUGCGGUUCUUCUUCUUGUCGGGGCCGCCCUUCUUCUUGUUGCAUCGGCGGGCGGCGCGGAGGCGUGGGCGCACCACGGCGCCGAGCGGCGGUACCGGGAUCUCGCGGCGGGCAGGAUGGAGAGCGUCAGAUCCUCCUUCGGCAAGGCCAGGCGGGGGCUCGCAACGUCCUCGGCGGGCUCGCGGGUGUACCACGUGACGGACUACGGCGCCGACCCCACCGGCGCGGCGGACGCCACGGCGGCCAUCAAGAAGGCCAUCGCCGACGCCUUCAGCCCCCCCUCCAACGCCACCAUGACCGCCGGCAUCCCCGACCUCGGCGGCGCCGAGAUCCACCUCGACGGCGGCACCUACCUCGUCAACGGCCCGCUCACCCUGCCGGCCUCCGGCGGCGGCAACUUCAAGAUCCACAGCGGCUCGCUGCGGGCGUCGGCGGAGUUCCCGGCGGACCGGUACCUGAUCGAGCUCUCGGCGGGCUCCUCCUCCUCGGGCUACCACUACGAGUACGCGACGCUGCGGGACCUGAUGCUGGACUGCGGCUACCGGGGCGGCGGCGUGGCGGUGGUGGACUCGCUGCGCGUCGGCGUCGACAACUGCUACAUCACCGGCUUCGAGACGGAGGGCAUCGCGGUGCGCGGGGGCCACGAGACCUACAUCCGCAACACCUUCCUGGGGCAGCACAUGACCGCCGGCACCGACCCGGGGGAGCGCGCCUUCGGCGGCACGGCCAUCCGGCUCGACGGCAACGACAACUCCGUCUCCGACGUGGUCGUCUUCUCGGCCGCCACCGGGAUCAUGGUCACCGGCGGCGCCAACACCAUCUCCGGCGUGCACUGCUACAACAAGGCCACCGGGUUCGGCGGCACCGGCAUCCACCUCAGGGUGCCGGGGCUCACGCAGACGUGGCUCACCAACUGCUACAUGGACUACACCAGCAUCGUGGCCGAGGACCCCGUGCUGCUGCACGUGUCGAGCUCCUUCUUCCUCGGCGACGCCAACGUCGUGCUCAAGGCGGUCAACGGCGUCGCCCGCGGCGUGCAGAUCACCGGCAACAUGUUCAACGGGCGGGGCAAGGGCGUGGACAUCGUGCAGCUGGACGGGGAGUUCGGGACGGUGGAGCAGGUGUACGUGCAGCAGAACUCCGCCAUGGGGAUGAACCUCAAGGCCACCACGGCGCGCGGCUCCGCCGAGGGCAACGGCAGCUCCUGGACGGUGGACUUCGCGCCGGUGCUGCUGUUCCCGGACCGGAUCGGGCACGUGCAGUACUCGCUCGUCGCCGGCGACGCGUUCCCCGGGCACACGCUCAGGAACAUCUCCGGCAACCAGGUCGUCGUGGCCACCGACAAGGCCGUGUCCGCCACCGUGCACGUGCUCGUCGACCAGAACAGCAACUGAGCUGGAAAAUGGCGGCGCGUUCGCCGCCGCCGCCGCUGCCUGCUCGCGCUCAUGGCGUCAUUCGUUCGUUUGUUCUUACUGAAAUGAGAUUUAUGGGUUGGACACCCGGAUCUGGCCGGAGAGGAUUUGAACCUAGGUGGCGAUUUAUCGCGUCAAAUCUUGGCAGAGAGACUGCUACCACCAUAUAGUUAUAGCGAUUGUUCGAGAAAAUGAUUCAGAAUGGAUCAUUUGGAGUUCAGCUUGCUCGUCCAAAAUGUCUCAAGAUCAUCAUGCAAUUGCAACACUUGAUUAGCUGUGCCGAUAAUAAUAAUAAAGAAAACAAUGGAGCCUUUGGACCUA